AUGGACGACCUCCCACCAGGCUCCCGUCUCGCGGAUGUCCGCUCUCAAGUCGCAAUCGACUCUGAAUCAGAUGCGUCGGGAUCUACCACCCCCACCAGUGCAGACACUGCCAACACAGAUACUGAGGCAUUCCCUGAGUAUGACGAAUCUGAGUGUGAGACGCUUGCAUCUUCCAUCGCAGCCGAAAAACCACUUGAGGAAGCAUGGAUCAAUGCUCUCGGCAAAGCCGCCCAGCAUGAGAUCCGUCUACUCCAUGUCGACCCUAACAUUAUUCCCUAUGUCAAAAGCGACCCCUCUCAGCGCAGCGAGGUCGUCCUCGACCAGCUGCAGGAUCUUCUCUCCGAACCGCAAUUGCGUCCUGAGAUCCGCGAGGAAUUUAUCACCAUCAUCAACGCCACCCUCAAACUCAACCUUGUCCUCUUCCACCAAAGUCCCGAAUUCCUAGCUUCCAAAGAAAUCAAAGAUGCACGACGUCCUCUCGACACCAUCCUCAAUCAUGUCAAAUUCGUCGAAGACAUGCUCAAAGAGCAGCUGCAGACUGCCGAACAGGUUUCUUAUGCCCUGGAAGAGGUCUCGUUGGAGGUUGCGUUUCCCUACGAGCGACUUCGCAAAAUGGCGACUGUGGUCGCUCAGAAUAUGAAAAAGCCUCGAUUCCUUGAACGACGACUGCUUGCUUUGUACAUGAACAUGUAUGAGGAAUGGAUCCACACCCCUUUUCUCAAUAUGCGCCGGCCUCAAAUCCUGGACGAGCAAGUCCCCAACUUCCCACGCACAAAGAUUGCGCGUCACAGCUACGUCACCCUGGGCUGGGUCACCCUCGAGAUCAAACGAAAGUACUUUGCACCAACGAUGGGCUAUCUUUGUGACUCGCCAGAGAUCUGGGAGAAAUGCUGGGAACGAUAUCAAGAUAUCAAGAAGGAUCAGAACAACCCAGCUGAGCAGGACUUCUCCGAAUGCAUGGCCAACUGA